AUGAAAUCUAUUGAAUUGAUAAAAUCAACUAUCCCAAUAAAUUUAUCGACAAAUAUCAUUAAUGCAGUAUCGACAUAAGAACAAGGAUCAAAUGUAAAUUCUUAUCUAAUUUUAGGAAAAUAAGAUUUGUAAAAAACAUAACUAGGAAAUAAUUAUGAUUAAUAUAAGUUAAGAAAAAUCAGAAUUCAGUAGAUGGGCUUGCAUAGAAUGUAUUGAGGAAAACCCUAUUUAAUAUGUUAGUUUAAAAGAGGCAAAAAAAAUGUGGAUUAAAUACAUAGAUUAAUCAAAGGAUUUAAUUUUUACAAAAACUGGUAGUAGAAAAUAAAAAUUAUAAAUUAUUUUAUAAAAAGUUAAGUAAAUAAAAACCAAUUUAAAUAAUUAACUAUAAGAAAUAUUAAUUAUUAUAGAAAAAUAAAUAACUGAGGAUUAUUAAACAAAUGAGGAUUUUCUAUAAUUAGGCAAAAAAUAGAUAUUUGAAUUAGAAAAAACUUAAUUUGAAAAGUUAAUUAAUUUAUUAAUUUAAAAAGAGAAAAAUAAAGAAAUACAGGAACUAUAAGAAAAAUAAGCUAUCCUUGAUUACAAGGUUUAUUCAAACAUAAAUACAAAUUUAGAUAGUCUUCUUGAAAUUUAUUUACUUAGUAAGUAAUAAUUAUUAACUAUUAUUUUAUAAUAAGGUAUUUAUAUUAAAUAUUAAUAGAUUCACAAUAAAUUGGAGUUAAUAAUUUUUUGGAUACUAAAUUGAGUCCUGAAAUGCACUAGUUUAUUUCUAAAAUUGAAAUUUAAAUCUAGUAUUUAAAUAAUCUCAAUGAACCUAUUAAAUUAUAAUAAGAAUUAAAGUAAGAUAAACACAUAGAACAACAAGAGUAACUAACCUAAACUAUUUAAUAAGAAGGUUAAUGUUAUUAAUAAUUGAAAAACAAUGAAAUAUUUUAGCAAUAAUAAUAACUUGAAAUAACAGAAUAAUAAUUGAGACUUUAAUUUGAAGAAAAAUAAGAGACUAAUUAAAUUAAUUAAUUAUAAAUAAAAGAAAUUAUAGUAAUUUCAAAGAAUAUCAGAGAUUUAGAAAAUAAUUUGAAUAGAAGCAUAUAAAUUUUGGAUCAAGAGGAAGGACAAUAAUAAUAUCAAUAACAAGAUUUAUAUAAAUAAUAUAAUUUAUAAGAAAAGUUUAAUGUUUUUGAUGAAAAAUUACAACAUUAUUCUUAAAUUAAGAUAUUGGAAUAAUAUUAAUAAUCACUUAGUGAGUUGGUAAAAGAAGCUUAAAAAUCAAAUGAAACAAUUUAUUAGUUAAAAAAUAAUGUUGAUUAAUAGAAUACAUAAAUAUAAAAACUAUUUGAAAUAAUUUAAUUAAGUUAAAAAUAGCAACAUUUAUUUGAGGCACUUUUAAAACCAAAAAUUGAAAUUUUUCUAAAACUUUAAUUAAUUCCUGGUGUAAAACCAACCUUAUUAAAUAAUAAUUUUUGGAUUAGAUUAUUUUCUUACAUAUAAGAACAAUCAAAAAAAAAUGUAAAAUCAUCUUAAUUAGUUUAUAAAGGAAGUUAAGAUGGAUUAAAUAGUAAUUCUUUUUGGAAUUGUUGUAAAGGUAAGGGUUAUUUACUGAUGAUAUUUAAAUCUUUAAGUGGAAAUGUUUUUGGUGGAUAUUCGCCCUGUGUAUGGUAACAUCACAGUGGCAAUUAUGUAUAAGAUGAUUCAUUAACAUCAUUUUUAUUCUCUUAAAAACAUGAUUAAAUAUAUCCUUUGAUAAAAAAUAGAAAAUAAUAUGCGAUUCGUUGUAAUUCUAGUCAUGGGCCUAAAUUUGGAUAUGCUCAUGAUAUAAGUAUAUAUUCUGAUUUUAAAAGCGGAUAUUCUAGAAUAGGUGAUACAUAUUAAUGUAAUAAUUAUGAGGAUAAGUAAUCGAGUCAUUUAUUUGGAUAGGAUAAGCCAAAUAUAAUUGAAUGCUAAGUAUAUGAAUUUAUUUUUAAAUGA